AUGUUGAAAGACAGCGAAGCUCGUGCGCUUAAACUUGAAGCAGAAUGCGGGAAGAAAUUGAAAGAAAAGGAAAAUUUAAGCAGCGAUUUAUCUGAAAUGACCACGGAGCUUAUUCAAAAGCAAUCCGACAUCGAAUAUCUUAUAUCUAGUAUAUCUAGUGAGGUAAGACUUAAGGAAGAUUUACUUAAAGCUACUAUAAACUAUGAGCAGACCACAGCAGUGCUGAAGGAAACAAAAAAAACUUUACAAGAUGCGCAACUAACUUUAGAAGAGAAGACCAAAGCACUUCAAAGAUUAGAAGAAAAUUUAAAAACUGCAGAUAGUUAUUCAGACGAGAAGGAGACGUUUCUGUUAAAUUUGAAAGAAAAGGAUGCGCUCAUAGACGAGAAAUCAUCUUUAAUUGUAAAACAGACCGUGGAUUUAGAAACGUUGGUGGAAUCAAAAAAGGAGUUGAUCAAAAAACAUGCACUCAGCGAACAACGGUUGAAAGAAGAGUUUGACAAUCAGAUCGAAUUCAUUCGCGAAGCAGUGAACGAGAAAGAAAAAGAAUUGAGUUGUGUUCAGCAAGAUGAAGUGAACGCUCUUAUGUUGAAAUUACAAGACAAACAGGAGGAAGGCGAGAGUAACGAGAGAGAAAGAAUGCGUCUGAACAAAUUGAUCGAAGAAAACACGUCACAAAUUUGCGAACUUAAAGACUGUGUCGCGGAGAAGACCCAAAAGCACGAGGAUAUUAUAAAUGAAAAUGUGGAGUUGAAUGAACGAAUCACGCAAAUAGAGUCGGUGAUGGAAAGUUUGAACGACGAUUUGAAGGUAAAAGAGUCACGUAUAGUUGAUUUGGAAUCAAAAUUGAAGACGGAAAUUGGCAGUGCCGGUGAGUCUGAUGCGAAGGACAAGAAAGAUACACUCGUGGCGGAAAAGGAUGAGCUUCAGAUAGAGUUGCUUCGUGUACAAAACGAAUUAGUUUGCGUAAGGGAGGAGUUGCGUUCGAAAAAUGAAGAUGUUGUCGAAAGCAUGAAUAGCGAACAUAAAAUUGAAGUUGAUGAGCUGAAUAAUCGGAUUUGUGUCUUGAAAAAAGAUUUGGAAAGCAUAACCAUGCAGAAGGGUGAUGUCGAGAAAGAAUUGGUGUUGAGUCGUCAAAAAAAGGAGCUGUUGAACGAAAUGAAUGAACGAGAAACUUCUGUUGCUGUUGAUGAAAAUGAGAUGAAAAAUGAUAGUUUGGAGACUCAGUCAAAAGAGGUACGGUCGUGGUUUCAGUUUAGCUUUUUCUUUGCCUAUUCUGAUUACUUUUGCUUGCAAACAUUAGCAAGAAUACUUAAAACUAAAGACCACUCACAGACAGUAUGUACCCCCGUCGAAGAUUGCUAUCACCUAGGUAUUUGA